GCUGAAUGGAGUCCUUGUUAAGUCACCCUUCAAAUCAGGUGGAUGCUGGAGCAGCGAUGUCAAUGGAGGCGCCCAUAAUUUAUAAUAGCAGACUCACUCUGCUUGUCCUCCUUUCUGGGAAGCGACGUUUAUGACUAAAAGCGUUCAAGGACAGUUCCUCUUCUUCUUCCCUCGUCUGGAGAAACAGAGGCUGAGCGCUCGAUCCCCGCCCCCCCCUCCCGGCAGAUAUAAAGCCCCGCUCCCGGAUGCGCGCCGAAGAGAGCGUCUAAUCCGCCGGAGGUGCUGCCCGGAUCAGCCGCUGCUCGGCGCUCCCGGUCACCUCACCGCAGGCUGAAGCCAAGCUACUCUCCGCGCCCUCAGGAUGUGUCGGGGUCUUGCCGCCCUCCCUGCCAGCUGCUUGGAAAGAGCCAAGGAGUUCAAGACCCGUCUAGGGAUUCUGCUUCAUAAACCAGACUUUGGAUAUAAACUCAGUCGGAGCACAAAACAGAGAUUCUCUAUAGAAGAAGUGCUUGGGUGGAAGGAGUCUCUUGACCAUCUCUUGAGAAGUAAAAGUGGGGUGGCAGCGUUCCAUGGAUUCCUUAAAACAGAAUUCAGCGAAGAGAAUCUGGACUUCUGGCUGGCCUGUGAGGACUAUAAGAAAACCCGUUCAAAAGCAAAGCUAGCAGCCAAAGCCAACAGGAUCUUUGAGGACUUCGUUCAAAAUGAGGCCCCCAGAGAAGUGAACCUUGACCAUGAAACCAGAGAGGCAACUAGGAGAAACCUCACUGUUGUUGCCACUUCUGCUUGCUUUGAAGAAGCCCAAGCCAAAACCUACACUUUGAUGGAAAAGGACUCCUAUCCCAGAUUUCUGAAAUCUGCCUACUACAGAGACCUCACAGAACAAGCGACGAGCCAUAGAACAGGCAACAAUGUGCAUACCUGACUUGAUCUGUUGCCAUUGCUUAAAACUGUUUCAAGGGGAACAAAGAUUUGACAGAAUGAAAGUGGAAAGGAAUGAGCCCAAGAAUGAAGCUCUACAAACUUGUAAUUGGCAGAGUUUUGGCUGGUAUUUUAUCCUGGCCAGGAUGCUUGGGACCUCUAAUGCUUCCAUGCACCCAAGGAGCUCUACUGAAAAGAUGAUCCUCCCUUGUAUCUCAAAAGAGAUGCUAGGAGGGGAGAAAACAGGCGCCCAUAUGAAAAGCCCUGGAGAACGGUGUACAAGGAGGAACCUGAUCCUCAGGCAGGAAGAGGAAAGCCAGAAAGAAGGUGAGAUCAGGCAAGGACUAACCAGGAAGAAUAAAUUCCCCUCUAGAACUCUCUCUCCCAUUUGCUCUUGAAUGUUCUGUGUCUGUGCACUCAGCUACCUGUACCAGUGAAAGCCUUCAUCUGCUCUCAGAUGCCAGUCCCUGCGCCUACAGACUGUACAUAAUACACACCCGGGUUAACAGUCUUCACUCACUGCAUGUCAGCUCCAGGAUCCUACAGCCUCUCUGCAUGUUUGUAUAUCACCAACUGGGAGGAUUCUCCAGGGCUUAAGCAUCCUUCUAAGCCCAGGCAUCACUUUUGUCUUUAUACCCAGAGGAACACUAUGUUUGCUUUGCUCCACUGCAUCCAUAGACCUUUGUCCUCUCUUGUCAGGCUGGGCAAGCUUCCUUUCAAUGACAUCUUCAGAAAGCACAUGGACUUGGUGUAUGGUGCCUCUCUGAACAUUAUAAAUAGCCUUGGGUGAUGUGCCCCCCUUUUUAAUUAUUUAUAUUUAUAUUUAAAUGUAUAUUUAUUGUUA